AUGAUCAGGUGUCCGAUUCAAGUGGGUCUCAUGGUUGUCUAUGAUGGCGUAAAUCGUUGGGAGUUAUGCGCGCAUCCCGGCCGUACUACCAUACCGUCCGCUGCUGUUUGCCAUAUGCUGCCGGGUUACUACAUCCAUCCCCACAGCGGUCAAGAUUCCCUCGGGGUGCCUGUCCUUUACCUGGCGGACUUCUUCUCGACAAUUAUCACUCUCUUUUCAUCUUUGUCCGGUGUCACCAGUAUUGUGAUGCUGGCCUGCACCGUGUCCAACUUCUCAUGGCCGUGGGCUGUGGUGGGCAAGACCUAUGCGUCGGAGAUCAUCCCCGCGCGAUUGCGGGCCAAGGUCUGCGCCGUCGAGCUCCUCGCCAACUGGAUUGUAAACUUUUGUCGUAAUCUUUACGGCCCCGUUGUUCUUGCGCUCCUCGCCGAGUGGUCCAUAUUUCCUGUAUAG